GCUUCUCCUAAAGCAUUCCAACUUCUAGAUCGAAACACUAGACGGGAGCAUGGUAAGGACGUCCAACUUGGAAAUAUUGAGGCUGGGAAAACAGUAGCGGACGUAAUUCGUACGUGUUUGGGUCCUCGAGCGAUGCUUAAGAUGCUUUUGGAUCCAAUGGGCAGCAUCGUGAUGACAAACGAUGGCAAUGCCAUUUUGCGCGAGAUAACCGUUGAACAUCCAGCUGCUAAAUCCAUUAUUGAGAUCGCCAGAACACAAGAUGAGGAAGUGGGCGACGGGACGACCUCAGUCAUUGUUCUUGCCGGUGAGGUUCUUUCUGUGGCUGCUCCCUGCCUUGAGAAACAAAUCCAUCCAACAAAGAUUAUUGCUGCUUUCCGUCAGGCCUUGGAGGACAUAACUACCGCUAUCGACAAAAAGCUUAGCAUUCCCCUUGAUGUAAAUAACCAUGAGGCAAUGGUCAAUCUCGUCAAAAGUUGUGUAGGAACCAAAAUGAUUAGCAAAUGGGUGGACUUGGCAUGCAAAUUAGCCAUUAAUUCUGUCAAGGUUGUCACCAUCAUUGACGGUAAUCGGAAGGAGAUUGACAUUAAACGGUAUGCCAAGGUAGAGAAGAUUCCGGGUGGUUCUAUUGAUGACUCGUGUGUUUUGGAUGGAGUGAUGUUCAAUAAAGACAUUUUGCAUCCGAAAAUGCGGAGACGCAUCGAGGGUCCUCGCAUUCUACUUCUUGAUUGUAGUUUGGAGUACAAAAAGGGUGAGAGCCAAACCACUAUGGAAAUAUGUGGCGAAAAGGACUUCACUCGAGCCCUCGAGAUCGAGGAGGAAUAUAUUAAUAAAAUCUGUGAAGAAAUUAUUAGACAUAAGCCGGAUGUGGUUAUCACUGAGAAGGGAGUCAGCGAUCUUGCUCAGCACUUUCUGGUCAAAGCAGGAAUAUCAGUUAUCCGCAGGCUCCGCAAAACUGAUUGUCUUCGAAUUGGGCGUUGCACUGGUGCAACAAUUGUUAGCCGCACCGACGAGAUCAAGGAGGAAGAUAUUGGUACUGGUGCAGGCCUCUUUGAAGUCAAGUUGAUUGGUGAUGAGUAUUUCACAUUCAUCACUGGGUGUAAAGAUCCUAAGGCGUGUACCAUCCUUCUUCGUGGUGCUAGCAAGGAUGUUCUGAAUGAAAUUGAAAGAAAUCUGCAAGAUGCCAUGUCAGUAGUGCGUAGUGCUUUUAUGGAUCCUCGCUUAGUCCCUGGCGGCGGGGCACUCGAGAUGGCUCUCGCACAGGACCUCAGUCAAAAGGCGAAGUCGGCAGUUUCAGGUGUUCAGAAGGUUGCUUACUUGGCUGUAGCCCAGGCUUUGGAAGUCAUUCCUAGAACUUUGGCUCAAAAUUGUGGUGCAAAUGUUUUGAAACAAAUUACGGAAUUGAGAGCCUAUCACGCCAUCGAUCCUGCAAAGAACUGGACCAUGGGGAUCAAUGGUGAGACUGGGCAGCUGGUAGACAUGAAAGAACUCGGUAUUUGGGAUCCCGUUGCGGUCAAAUCUCAAACUUUUAAAACAGCAGUUGAGACUGCUAUAUUACUUCUGAGGAUUGAUGACAUCGUAUCUGGAACCAAGAAAGCUAAUGACACCGACUCGAAGCCUUGA